UCUGCAGGUCCGUUGCACAGUGCAUCACAUCUGGAGCUUGGAAUUACACUCUGACUAUCAAGGCCUACACUAAUGCUGGCCGCACACAACUUGUGGAGUGGAACAGUGAAUUGCAGUUGAACGAGAAAAUCUGGAUGGUGUUGAAGACCGAUGGCUUGGAUGGAAGCAUGGUCAGUGUGGUGACCGACUCCUGCUGGGCAACUGACAAGGCAUCACCCACCAGCAGUCCAAGACAUGAUCUGAUCAUUAACGGCUGUGCAAACCCUGCUGACCCGACGGUGCAGGUGGAGGAAAACGGACUGGCAACCUCCACUUACUUCUCCUUCAACAUGUUCCGGUUCACUGGGGGCUCUAGUGACAUCUUCCUUCACUGCCAACUCCACCUGUGUCCCAAACAGGGGAACAACUGCAUCCCGACGUGUAACACACCUGCUCGGGUACGCAGAUCUGCCAGUUUGACAUAUGAACCUGAAGCUCCAGCCUUCAUCAGCGUGUCCUGGACUUAUUAGGUGGUUUCCACGGUGACUUUGAUGGACUGACUGACCAACCGAGUGCUGACCUAAUGUGACAGUGUUCGCAGAGACAAGAGACAUGCUGCUUUUAUCCAUCUCCUUUAUACUUGUACUAUUUCUGCUAAAGGAUGGAAAAAUAAAGCGUAUGGUAACCAG